CAGGUGUCGCGUCUGCAGACCAUCACGCCGUUGUCCUUCCUGUGAGAGAUUUUUUGUGGCGGUUUUUUUUGGCAGGCUGCGGUGGGCUUUGCAGAUGCCAUGUUUGAGCAGUGAGCAUGGCGGAAAAUCAUCUGGAGUACGGCUACCUGGAGGGCGAGUCCAUCGGGGAGCAUUUCGCCGAGGACCCGGAGCUGGCGGCAAUCAAGGCCAGAGUUCAGGAGCUGGAAAUGGAGGAAGAGACGGAGCGACUGAAGGAGGAGGACGACAGGUGUGAUGCAGUGGACAUGCAGCUCCUGACCAGCAGCCCUCGGCCUGGUGAGACAGCCCGACCUUUCUACAACAUGACUCCUGAGGAGCGGAUAGACGCAGACAACAGAUCAGUCUAUGUAGGAAAUGUAGACUAUGGAGCUACUGCAGAUGAGUUGGAGAUCCAUUUCAAUGGCUGCGGUCCCGUCAACCGAGUUACCAUCCUGUGUGACAGGUUCUCUGGGCACCCCAAGGGCUUUGCUUACAUCGAGUUCUCUGAUCGAGACUCUGUGCAGAGUGCUAUUGGUUUGCAUGAGACCUUAUUCAGAGGAAGAGUCCUUAAGGUAAUGCCCAAAAGGACCAACAUGCCAGGCAUCAGCACCACAGACAGGGGAGGACACCGAGGUGGCCACACCCGAGGCAGGGGCCGUGGUUACCGUCCACCCCGAUACCAUAACAGCUCUCGAGGUAGGUUCCGGUACCAGUCAACCAGGCCACAACAUCAAACACCCCACCCUUACUACGGAGGCCCCUCGGUGGGGAAGAGACAGUGGGGACACAUGGACUACCACGAACAGAUGCCUAAACGUUACCCAUGUCUUCUUCUCAUAACCCCGCCGUCAGAGGAGUUGGGGGCAGGGUCGAGUGGACAGCACUACCCUCAACAGCGCUAGCACCGCCCACAACUCACACACAACUGAAGUGGGCGACUAGAACUGAUCAUUUUAAAAGACGGACAUAAGAGAUGACUUUGUAGGACGCGUCUCUGCAACAGUGCUUUAAGAGAUUAUGAGCAUUAUGAGCUUAUGUUGCGAUGAAUGCAUGGGACAAUCCUCAAACUGUUAUGCAGUUGCGUCUCUUACUGUUUUUACAAACUGAUGCGAAUGUAUUGUGUUUCUGCCUGCAAUGUAAUGUACAAAUCCUCCCGAUGUAUAACUUAUAAGUUCUUUGCUAUGUAAGUGAAUAAAUAAAAUAAUGAUGAAUG